AAGUGUCUGACAGGAAGUAACCACAACACACGCGAGACACGUUCUCCGCAGCUGAAAAAGCAUUUUCUUGCCGUACGGUUUCAGUUUGUCUGUAUUUAUUUUCUCUAAAGGAACAGCAAGGUUCAGUAACAUGCCAAAGAAAAGCAAGGAAAAACAGAACCGAGAUGAUGACUGGGGUGACGACGAAUCUGAGAAGAAAUUGUCAUCUUUAAUGGAAAAUUUAGGAACUGGAGAUGGAGAAGAAACGAAGAAGAAAAAGAGUAAGGAGAAGAAACCAAAGAAGAGCAAAAUGGAUCUCUUGAAGGAGGAGAUGGCAAAAGCAGAGGAAGAUAAGGUAAAAGAGGAGGAAACUCCAGAAGAACAGGACCAGAAACACUCAAAGAAGAAGGGGAAGAAGAGCAAGAUGGAUCUGCUGAAAGAGGCCAUGACCAAGACAGAAGAUGAAGAUGCAGAAGAGCAGGAGCAGAAACUUGAUCUCAAGCCCCCUCCCAAACCAGGGGCUACAGCCAUGCAUAAUGAAGAAGACGAAGAGGAAGAGGAAAACAGAGAUGCAAUGGCAAACAGUGAUGGGGAAGAAACACCAGCUGAUGAACAGAAAGAUAAAAUGGAUGAAACACCAAAGCCAAAGUUGAGCAAAAGAGAACUGAAGAAGAUGCUGAAGAGGGCAGAAUAUCUCCAGGAACUAGAGAAGGAAGGCCAGUUUAGUGUGUCACAAGCAGAAAAGUCAUCCAAAGCAGCUGUGCUAGAAAAUCAGUUGGAUAUCAAGGUUGAGCAGUUUUCCAUUUCUGCACGUGGCAAAGAUCUUUUCGUCAAUGCCUCUCUACAGAUAACUCACAAUAGGCGCUAUGGGCUUGUAGGACCUAAUGGGCAUGGAAAGACAACUCUUUUGAAACACAUAGCAAACCGUGCUUUGAACAUACCCCCAAAUAUAGACUGUCUGUACUGUGAGCAAGAGGUGGUGGCUGAUGAAACCAAAUCUGUAGAUGCGGUGCUUAAGGCAGACACUAAACGACUGGAACUCCUUGCAGAAGAAGAGAGACUGACCAAGCUAGUAGCUACUGGAGACAAGGGCAUCAGCGAGAAACUAAAGGAGGUGUAUGAGCAGCUGAAAGCUAUUGGUGCAGACGCAGCUGAAUCUAGGGCGCGCCGUAUCCUGGCUGGUCUCGGGUUCACUCGUGAGAUGAUGGAAAGAGCUACCAAAGAUUUGUCUGGUGGCUGGAGAAUGAGAGUGUCUCUCGCAAGAGCCUUGUUCAUGGAGCCGACGCUGUUGAUGUUGGAUGAGCCGACGAACCAUCUUGACCUCAACGCUGUCAUCUGGCUGGACAAUUACCUGCAGCAGUGGAAGAAGACUUUAUUGGUGGUGUCUCAUGACCAGAGUUUUCUAGACAAUGUGUGUACAGACAUCAUCCACUUGGAUCAGCAGAAAUUAUUCUAUUACCGUGGCAACUAUGCCACCUUCAAGAAGAUGUUUGUUCAGAAACGAAAAGAACAACUGAAAGAAUUUGAAAAGCAAGAGAAAAGAUUGAAAGAAAUGAAGGCUUCAGGCAAAUCCACAAAGCAAGCAGAAGCCAAGCAGAAAGAGGCGUUGACCCGCAAACAACAGAAGAACCGCACAAAGCAGUCAAUGUUUCAGGAUGAUGAAAAACCACAGGAACUCCUGGUCAAACCACGAGACUACAUUGUCAAGUUCACCUUUCCCAACCCUGCACCUCUCAAUCCUCCCAUUCUGGGACUUCACAAUCUUGUAUUUGCAUAUCCUGGACAGAAACAAAUCUUCAGAAAUUUAGAUUUUGGUAUUGACAUGAACUCCAGAGUUGCCAUCGUGGGGCCAAAUGGUGUAGGGAAAAGUACUUUACUCAAACUGCUCACUGGCGAUUUGCAGCCAACAGAAGGAGAAAGACGAAUCAACCAUAGAUUGCGUGUGGGCAAAUAUGAUCAGCACUCAGCAGACCAGCUCAACCUUGAUGAGUCACCAGUAGAAUACCUUCAGAGGCUUUUCAAUAUGCAAUACCAGGAUUCCAGGAAAAUGCUUGGACGGUUUGGCCUGGCAAGCCAUGCCCACACUAUACAAAAUCGUGACCUUUCUGGAGGUCAGCGAGCACGAGUUGCACUUGCAGAGCUUUCAUGUCGAGCACCGGAUGUCCUUAUUUUGGAUGAGCCUACAAAUAACCUCGACAUUGAAUCCAUUGAUGCUUUAGCAGAAGCUAUUCAGGAGUUCACAGGAGGUGUGAUUAUUGUGAGUCACGAUGAACGCCUCAUCAGGGAUACCAACUGUCAGCUGUGGGUUGUUGAGAACAAAACAAUCAACGAGGUUGAUGGUGACUUCGAUGACUAUCGCAGAGAACUGCUGGAAUCUCUUGGAGAAACUCUGGCCAAAGCUCCUACACUUUGAUUUUGACUCCAACUUAGACUCUCAGGCAUUCAGUUUUUGGAUCAUUCUAUUAGAAAAUUCAUGUGCAGGUUACAAGAAUUUGUUGUCUCAAAUGUUGCAGUGUGGAUCAUUCCACUGGGGUGGGUUGCUAACAUAUAGAAAAUUACUUGAUGUACUGAAAAUUAUUUUUGUCACUUAUUCUUCUCCCUGGUGAGAAACUUCUUUGAUGUGGAGGACUUUUGGGAGUUGUGUGACCGCCAUGCUUGGACAUGUUAAUGGGGUAAAUUGUGCCAGAGGUUAGGGUAACAAAAUGUAGUAGUGGGAAAGUACAUAUACAAGCUACAGCCUGUGACCUGCAAUAGAAUGUCGUCAGGGGCUAGUGCUGGCAUAACAUGCAGCUGAUAGAAACUGGAAAACAAUGGGCUCUUUUUAAGACAUGGUCUUUUUCUCGCUUGUUUAUCACAGAACUAUGUUCUGAUCUGUUGUCAAAAUCAAAUUUUGAUUGCUUUAAUGGCUUGCUAUGGAUGGACAAUUGUAAAUAAAAGUCGUGGGAUCUGGACAUUUUUCACGUUGAGAUCUGUGUA